AUGCAGCAUGGGUCUACGACAGUCGAGAUACCCACGGACGACGAGUCUGCCGGGCUGUCGCUGUGGGAACGGUUCAAGGGUCAUUUUCAUAUGAGGCCGGCUGAAGAUGAUGAGCCGCAGUCUUGGUGGAUUGCGUCUACGGCUAUUCCUCUUAUUGCUGCUGCCACUGGUCCGCUGGCUAAUGUUAUGUCGAUUGUUGCUUUGGUUCAGCCUUGGCGGAAUGAUAUUAUAUCCAAAACUGAGAGUCGUGCGGGUAAUUGGCUGCAGGAAGGGUAUCCAGAUCCUCAUUGGAUCACUGCUUCAAAUGCUGUUUCGCUUGUCUGUGGUAUUGUGGGAAAUGUCUUUUUGCUUUUCAACUUUACACAAGUCAUCCGAUACAUUAUUGCGUUGCCGGUUACCAUUAUUCUGUGGUUCAUUGCUACAGGAAUUCUCUGUGGGAUCACGACAUCCCUGAGUAUAUAUGCACCACCAAUUGGUCCUGACCAUGUCUACUCACAACCAUAUUGGAGUGCUGUGAUUGCGGCUUGUCUAUACUUCCUCUUGAGUGGCAUCUUGAUGAUCAACAUGCUAGGCUACUUCCUUGGAAGAUACCCGCAGCAUUUCGCACUUACCGACGAACAACGAACAUUGAUUCUUCAGAUGACUGCAUUUGUGAUCUGGCUAUUGAUUGGAGCGGCCAUCUUUCAACGCAUCCUGGGCAUCUCCUUCGCGGAUGCAUUAUACUUCUGCGAUGUCACCGUUCUGACAUUGGGAUUCGGCGACAUAACUGCCGUCACUCCCGUUGCUCGAGGUAUUAUCUGGCCAUAUGCAGUGAUAGGAAUCAUCAUUUUGGGAUUGGUUGUUGGAAGCAUCCACAAAUUUGCCCGUGAAGUCCACUACGACAAUGUGAUCCGGAAACACAUCGAACAGAAACGGGUAUCAACAUUCAAUCGAUCGGUCAGCUUAGACGAGUUCACAGCCUCCGAAAGGAAAAUCUCCAUCCGCGGUAAAGAAGGUAGCCCUCCAACUCUUACUCGACGGAAAUCCCAAAAUUCCAAUCCUCACCGCCACCAUCGACCAAUCCGCAACACAAUCAAUGCCAUGAUCACAGCCCGUCGGCCCAAACUACUUGUCAUGCGCGAAGAAAAAGACCGAUUCGACGCGAUGCGCCGCAUUCAAUACGAUACAUUGCGUUUCCGUCGCUGGAACGACCUCAUAAUCAGCAUAGUCGCAUUUGGAAUUGUAUGGACGUGCGGAGCAGUGGUAUUUUGGCAACUGGAACAGAUGUCAUACUUCGAAUCGCUGUAUUUUUGUUUCUGCUCACUAUUAACAAUCGGCUACGGCGACAUCACACCCCAAUCGAACGCAGGAAGACCCUUCUUCGUGCUGUGGUCACUAAUCGCCAUUCCGACAAUGACAAUGCUCAUCUCCCAAAUGAGCGAUACUGUCGUUGCAAGCUUCAAGCAUGGAACCGAUAAAGUUGCUGAUUACAUCGUUCUCCCCCAAUCGGGUAUCUAUCACUCCUUUUUAAUGAAGAUUCCCGGCGUUGCGAAACUCCUCGCGGCUCGGCAGAAAAAGAAGCGAUUGGAACGCGGGUUCGCGCUUGAAGGUGGCGAGGAUGGCAGGGUCGGUGAUAGACGCGAGGAUGAUGGUAUCAAUCGACCUACCCAUCCCGACAGGGUAGCUGGUGAACAUCCACACCGAACCCUCGAGGAAUUAGUUCGUGAUCCAUCACCCCUUGAACUAGCACAGCAGCUCGCCUUUGCCGUUCGUCGUACGACGGAACAUGCACGCCAGGGAAAACGGAAACGAUACUGCUACGAGGAAUGGGUUGAAUUCACGCGGUUGAUUCAGUUUACGGAUCCACGGACGAGGCCAUCUUCUUCGGGGCAAUCGCCCGGCAGGCAGGAUUCGAAUAUGGAUGAAGAUGAGUAUGGGCUUCUGAACUGGGAUUGGAUUGGUGAGAAUAGUCCCAUGUUGGCUACGCAGACGGAGCCUGAGUGGGUUCUGGAUCGGUUGUGUGAGAGCUUGAUUCGGUAUGUUUCGACUCAGGAGAGUCGUAAUGCCGGAGAAGAGAAAGAAGAAGAUGGUGGUGGUGCUGAUUCGGAGGAGGUGACUCUCAAGAAGGAGAGGGAUAUUGGAUUGGAAGAUCAUGAAUGA